UCCCGGAAGUACUUGUCUCUGGGUCACGGCGCAGGCGUAGAGUCCGCGGGUCACCGCGCGGGAGUCAGGCUCCGUGUGUGUGGGUCUCCGCGAGGGUCUACAGCGCCGGGCCGCGUCGCGUCGCUGCGGGCGUCAUGUCAGACAACGAGGACAAUUUUGAUGGUGACGACUUCGAUGAUGUGGAGGAGGAUGAAGGGCUUGGUGACUUGGAGAAUGCUGAGGAGGAGGGCCAGGAGAACGUUGAGAUCCUCCCCUCUGGAGAGCGACCACAGGCCAACCAGAAGCGAAUCACCACGCCGUAUAUGACCAAGUAUGAGCGAGCCCGUGUACUCGGCACCCGCGCCCUCCAGAUCGCGAUGUGUGCCCCCGUGAUGGUGGAGCUGGAGGGGGAGACAGAUCCCUUGCUCAUCGCUAUGAAAGAGCUCAAGGCCCGAAAGAUCCCCAUCAUCAUUCGCCGAUACCUGCCGGACGGGAGCUAUGAAGACUGGGGGGUGGACGAGCUCAUCAUCACCGACUGAGCUGGAGUCGUCUUCCUGACUGUGCCUCAUCCUAUUUUCACAUUCUUUCUACGUGUAAAUAAUAAACUGUUCAGCCUUUUA